AUGGACACGAGCAACGAGUCUCAGCCAGGGUUCAUUUAUUGCAUCAUAUCCCCCCUUAUCAUUGUGUUCAAUAUUCUUACCUUUGGUCUCUUCUCGAUUGUAUAUCGCUACAACACCCUUUAUGUUACGAGAUUCCGCUUUGAUACUGGCGGCCUUUUCUUCCCCCGAGCUAUAAACCAGCUCUUUACUGGAAUAUAUGUGAUGGAGGUCUGCCUGAUUGGACUAUUCUUUCUUAUUAGGGACGAGACGGGAGGUGUUGCCUGCAAAGGCCAAGGUAUCUGCAUGACCAUUGCACUUAUCCUCACUGUCCUUUUCCAAUACUCUCUAAAUAAAGCCUUUGGCCCCCUCUCGCUUUACCUCCCUAUUACGCUUGAAGAUGAGGCCACCGAGCGUGACAAGGAAUUUGCUCGUACACAAGAUUGCAGACUGCGCCAUACAGAAGGAAGGUCUGGUGAGGAGAAUAUUGACUCUAUCGAACUAUGUGUGAGACGCAAAGAAUUGCCCCGUCCGCAGUUUAACCACGUGGCCUCCCAGACAAAAACGCCGAAGCUGAUACCACGGGCUAAUCGACCAUCAAAUGUUGGAUCACCCAGUAUCCACCCUCUGACUACUAUACCCGACUCUAAAAGUAUACCCCAAAACCCAGGCCGUGACGCUGAGGCUCAGGUUCUAGCUACCCAUGAAGCUAGCCAAACUUGGUUCUCUGGUAUCGACGAUGAGCUCGAAGAUCUAACUCCGGAUGAACGCAAUCUGCUUGUCCAACGAGCAUUUCGGCAUGAAGCAUUGCGAGCAAGACGCCCGGCAAUAUGGAUCCCCCAAGAUAACAUAGGUGUGAGCUAUGAUGAAAUCCUCCGCACCCAGCGGUUGACAAAGCAUAUAUGGAUUAGUAAUGAGUACCAGACGCUAGAUAUCAAGUGUCAGCCUAUUUUUAGCCGGCCUCCUCCCGACUUUUCGGAGGUUGACCUUAUUCAGCUAUAA